AUGGCUCAAAGCGGCAACAUCGAGGCACAAACGCGCCCUGCUCUCAGCAUACCCAAGUCGUCCGCCACAGUCUCCGUCUCCCCGAUAAACACGACAACAGACAUUGUCGUCCCAGCCAGCGGCUUUGUUGGCCCGGUCCUCAAAGGACAUGAAUACCUCAAUCUUCCAACAUUCGCUUUCCAUAUCCGGCAUUCCUCUGGCAAAGAGGUCCUCUUCGACCUUGGCGUCCGGAAGGAUUGGUGGAAUUUGAGUCCACACACUGUAGCCACAGUGAAAAAAUUAAUCCCAGCCCUGACGGUCGACAAAGGCAUCACCGAGAUUUUAAAAGACGGAGGUGUUGACUUAAACCGGAUUAGUUCCGUUGUAAUCAGCCACUGGCAUUUCGAUCAUACGGGCGACACUUCUUUGUUUCCAAAGUCCACGGAACUCGUAUUCGGGCCUGGCUUUAUCAAGCAGUUCAUGCCAGGCUGGCCAACGAAUCCGGAUGCAUUAAUGCUCGACGCCGACUUCGAAGGUCGCAAUGUCCGCGAGCCUCCAUUCACCUCAGACUUCAAGAUUGGCGACUUUGAGGCCUAUGAUUUCUUCGGCGACGGCUCUUUCUAUAUCCUCAAUGUGCCGGGACAUGCCGUAGGACAUAUUUCUGCGCUCGCACGAACCACCGAAGAUACGUUCGUCUUCAUGGGCGGUGAUGUCUGCCAUUUUGGUGGAAGCUUCCGGCCAACCAUAUAUAAUCCGAUGCCCGAAAUCAUUCCGGCGGAGGCCCCGCUGGACAAGUCAAGGUUCAGUGUGCCAUGCCCUUGCUCGGCGUUCACCGCAUGUCACCCGAACCCAGAGAAGGCGCGGACGGAGCCUUUCUACCAUGUUACCAAGGAGGACGGAGGUUGGUACGUGGAACCGGAAAAGGCCCAACAGUCAAUAGGCAAGCUGGAGGCAUUUGAUGCAGAUCCGAACGUUUUUGUGUGCAUUGCGCAUGACGUUGGGUUGCUGAGAGUGGUCGAUUGGUUUCCCAAUGGGACUUUGAAUGAAUGGAAAGAAAAGGGUUGGAGAGAGAAGAGCAGAUGGGGCUUCUUUAACGAUUUGCCAAUUGGGGGGAAACCAGCUAGGGAUUGGUAUGCGCCUGGGCUGAUGAGGGACGGCAAGGUGGUCAGAGAUUGAGGAGCAAGAGGCUUUCGUAUAGUCCAAUUGCUCUUACAACGGCCUAUAACGUCCGUCACCGUGAAGCGAGAGUCACCGUGAAGCGAGAUGGCAAUGCUUGUACGGAGUAGAAGAAGAUACCUAGUUAAGGCAUAUAGAAGCUCUAUACGCUCUUAAGACCUUUUCACC